AUGACUACUACGCCUAAACCUAGCAAUGGUGCUGAUGCAAAAGCCAAAGAGCAGGGAUCGCUGCGUGUAACCGACGACGAUUUAUACAGGCAUUCGUCACAGUAUAGAGUAUGGUCUUUCACUCCUGAACAACUCACGCAGAGAAGAGCCGAGGUCAAUGCAAGAGCUACAGCCAAGAUUGAGCAAAAUUUGCGAGCAUUUAGAGAGACCCACCUAGCUCUGACAGCAGAGGAGCUUGCUGCCAUAGAAGAAAAGGCAGUGCCUGUGUCUACAGAGGAAGAGCUGUUACUCGUGAGCUACUUUGCACGCAUGAUUUUGUCAUUCGCAGGCAAGAUGAACCUCCCAACAGAGGUUGCUGCUACAGCAGUAUCAUUUUUCCGAAAGUUCUACCUUUCUAAUUCCGUCUCAGAAAUCUCUCCUAAAGAAGUGUUUCACACAGCCCUCUUCUUUUCCUGUAAAUCUGAGAACUACUUCAUUGGUGUCGAGUCCUUUGCCAAGAAAGCAAAGACUAACCCCAGUGCAGUUUUAAAGCAUGAGUUCAAACUUUUAGAAAGCCUGAACUUUACCCUUAUGAACCACCACCCCUACAAAGCCUUACAUGGUUUUUUCUUGGACAUUCAAAGUGUUUUGGCUGGUAAGGUUGAUAUGAACUAUAUGGGUCAAGUUUACACGGACUGCAAGAAAAUAAUUACAGAUGCUUUGCUCACAGAUGCCGUGUAUUUUUAUUCGCCGCCUCAAAUAACGCUGGCCGCGCUGUUGAUUGCUGACGAAGCACUGACGAUGAGAUACCUGCAGAUGAAGUUUAUGAUUACCGAAGAAGGUCCCACUGAAAACUCACAAGGUGAGAAACAAGAUUCCAAAGAGGGUGCUUCGAUCUCUAUUCCAGGACAAAAGCUCCUCGAGAUUAUAAAAGAAUGUAAAGAAAUUAUUUCCAACAAGGUUGCCCCGCCUAAGGAGGAUGCUGUAAAGGUGACAGCAAAGAUACAUUACAGCCAAAAUCCACUCACAGUACUCGAUCGCCUGAAGAGGCAGAGGGAGUCUAAUAGCACUGGAGCUACUCCUGGACAAACACCAAUACCAGAAGAUAGUCAGACAAAAAGGCCAAAGACUGAUGGGGCAACAAAUUGA